AAUAUAUGUAGAAUCUUAUUUGAUAAGGUCCAUAUUCCUACAGUAGCAUUUUAAUUAUUGCUGACACCCUUGCUUACGUAUGUGCUAUCAAAGCUUUUCCUUUCAGACAAGAUGCUUCCUCUCUUUAUAUAGUCCUUUCUCUGAGUUCGUUUAACAUAUCCAUAUCUUGCUCUAAGUUCUUACAUUAGAGCAUUAAUCAAUGGAGUCGAACUCGAGUCCAGUUAAAAUGUUCUUCUUCCCAUUCGUAGGUGGAGGUCACCAAAUCCCCAUGAUCGACAUAGCGAGAACCUUCGCUUCUCACGGUGCCAAAUCCACAAUCGUAACCACACCAAACCACGCUCUUUCCUUCCAAAAGUCUAUCUCCCGUGACCAAACCUCUGGUCAGACAAUCUUCAUCCACAUUCUUAAGCUACCGGAUAAUGUCGAUAUAGCUGAUACAGACAUGUCUGCAGGUCCUUUCACCGAUACUUCAAUACUUCAAGAACCUUUCUUGAAUCUCUUACGUGAAUCCAGACCCGAUUGUAUCGUUCACGACGUGUUUCAUCGUUGGUGUGCUAAUGCUGUUGAUGGUACUGGUAUUCCGAGAAUUACUUUCAGCGGAAAUGCGUGUUUUCCUAAAUGUGUUCAAGAAAGUAUGAAACGGGAUAAGCCUCAUGAGAAAGUAAGCUCGGAUUAUGAGCCUUUUGUUGUUGGAGGUCUUCCGGAUAAGAUUGAAUUGACUCGAUCUCAGCUAUCGACCUUUGAAAGAUAUCCAGAAGUUCAAGAGAACCGUCAUAUAGUAAAGAUGAUUAAUCCUGACAAGAAAAGUUUUGGAGUUGUAGUGAAUAGUUUCUAUGAAUUGGAGCCAGCUUACGUCGAAUUCUUCCGGAAAGAAAUGGGGAACAACGCGUGGCUUGUUGGACCUGUUUCGUUGUGUAACAGGAACAUACAAGAUAAAGCUGAGAGAGGUCAGAAGACAACAAUGGAUGAGCAAACCAUUUUGAGCUGGCUUGACGGUAAAGAACAUAAUUCGGUUCUUUACAUCAGUUUCGGAAGCUUAGCUCGUUUAGCUCCCGCACAACUCCUCGAGAUCGCUCAUGGUCUCGAGGCUUCUAACCAUCAUUUCAUUUGGGUGGUUGGAAAGAUCUUCAAAUCCACCGACGAAGAACAAGAAAAUUUGCUUCCCAGAGGAUUUGAAGAUCGAAUCCGAGAAUCCCAGAAGGGACUAAUCAUUAAAGGUUGGGCGCCGCAGUUGCUAAUACUAGAGCAUAAAGCUUUAGGAGGAUUUGUAACUCACUGUGGGUGGAAUUCGACUCUUGAAGGAGUGAGUUGCGGAUUACCGAUGAUAACAUGGCCAAUUACGGCAGAGCAGUUCACGAACGAGAAGCUGAUUACUGAUGUGUUGAAGAUCGGGGUGAAGGUAGGAAAUAUGGAGUGGUGGUCAUUCAAGGAUCCACCACGGGUAACCGUGCAAAGAGACCAGGUAGAGGCAGCAGUGAAAAGACUAAUGGGCGGUAGCGAGGAAUCAGCUGAGAUGAAAAGAAGAGCUAAAGAGCUCGGGGAGAAAGCCAAACGAGCUGUUGAAGAAGGUGGAUCAUCUUACAAGGACACAGAGGCUUUAAUUCGGAAACUCAAAUCACUAGGGAAAAACUGAGACUCUCUACAACUUUUUGAUUUCAAGAAAGUAUAUCUUCUAUUAAAGGAAAACUGUACACUUGGCCGUUUUUCGUUUUAAAAAAAUAUAAGUAUGAAAUCAAGUGUUAUAUUCUUCUA